AUGUUAUCUACGACUCUUAAUGAUCCUAGGGAGAUUGUACCGACGAGCAACUAUGAUAUUUUAUCUGAUGAAGAGGAUAUGAUUGAAGAAGGUAUGAAUAAUAUGGGCUUUGGCUUACGCGAAGACGGGACAAUAACUAACACGAAGUAUUCAACAGUGAAGCUACGUCUCAAGCAAAUAGAGUCUGAGCGGUCGGACUUGCUGGCGCGCCUAGAGGAACUAAAACACAGAUCAAAGAAGAAAGCCAAGAAGUCACCGACGGUGGAGGUACCCAGAUCGCCAACCAAGGCCAAAUGUGUGGAAGACGAGCCUGCACCGAGUACAAGUGCAUCAACCACCUAUGUCGAAGAGCCGGAGGAAAACGAAAACGAGCGAUAUUUAUUAUCUGCGAAUACUCCUACGACUAGUUAUUUUGCGGAGAAGUUUGCUCGAGCCAGGGAUUCGAGCGCUAGCACUAUGCGGAGGAAGCAGGAGCUGUUAAAACGUAGGGUUUACACAUUUUCGGAUAGAGACACUGCGAUCGAGUAUACAACCUUUGCGGUCGACGAGGUUGAGACUUAUUCCAACAUGCGGAUUAACAAGCGCUAUGUACCCGAGGAGGAUCUCAAGAGAAUACUGCACGAUAUCAAAGUUCUCCGAUUGCCAAAGCUUUUCGCGAAGGUGCGGCCGCCGAAGUUUUCUGAACCAGAUUACGCGAAUUGGGUGACAUUGGGAGCUAUCUCGUACAAGUCUGAUGUGAAAUCCACAUCACAGGAAAAACCCGCGAAGUAUUUUACUAUUCGAAUCACAGAUUUCCACUACGAUGUCCAGAUCACUGUCUUUGGUCAGAAAAACGUUGAGAAGUAUUACAAGUUGAGAGUUGGUGAUGUUAUAGCUAUUCUAAAUCCAGAAAUUUACCCCUGGAAAGAGAGUGCCAAGACGACUGGAGAAACUGCCAGGACGACAGGGAGGUCAUUCGGUCUUUCUAUAAAACACAACAUGAAUUGCAUACUUGAAAUUGGACAUAGUAAGGAACUUGGGUUUUGUCCGGCCAUGAAUAAGACCAAAGGAGCGCCGUGUGGUGCGCCUAUUAAUAAGUUAAAGGAGCAGGUGUGCAGUUAUCAUCAAGAGACCCACCUGAGGUCUGUCAAUGCCAAACGUGUCGAACUCAAUGGAAAUAUCUCUCUGAGAGCCCCGACCAGGGACGGCAUUCAGCAGGCCGGUUAUAUGACCAGGAAUUCCCAUGGCACGAAGAUUGGGCUACUGCCCGAUGUAUAUGCCCCGAGGGCGCCCGGUGCUGAACAAAAAUUUAGGGAACAUUUUGCUAGCGCCAAUGCCCAUCGCGCGUAUUUUGAUUCCGACUAUCAUAACCCAGAUGUACUUCAAAAUUUGGAAAGCAAGCGGCGCAAGAUCCAACUUUCCAAGAAAGACCAACAAAUCAAUAAGCAGCUCUCGCUGGUGCUCGGAAAGAACCACACGCAAGUGAAAGACCGCGUUUCCGAGGAAAGUCUACAGCAGCGGGAGAAAGCUACGAAGAAUGUGAUGAAAACUGGCAUCUUACGUCACAUUGGGUUCGAUCCGACCGGAGGGCGCAUGGCAGCGGUUCUCUAUCAGGGCGAUCACGGUCCUGCAGACACUGUACGCGAGCCCUCUAUUUCAGAAAUUCUAGCCAACAAAAAGCGAAACAUUGACUUAAAACCCUCAAAAGAGGCACGACGCAAGCGUAUUCAACAGCGCAACGAAGUAUAUAAUAGUAUUUUCAAGGAGGAGGCCGUAGCAACGCCACAGGGUUCGUGUGAAACAGCGCAACUCAGUUCAGCCGAUUCCAGCGACGAGGAACUAGAGAUAGUAAACUAG